GGGACCUAUGCGGCGGUUAUAAGGUGGCGCGAGGCAGGCGGGGCCAAGACUUUCCCCCCAGAAUGUCUGCGAGUCAAGAGAGCCGAUCCAGAGACAAUGGCCCUGAAGGCAUGGACCCCGAUGGCGUCAUUGAGAGCAAUUGGAAUGAGAUUGUGGACAGCUUUGAUGACAUGAACCUGUCGGAGUCCCUUCUACGAGGAAUCUAUGCUUACGGUUUCGAGAAGCCCUCUGCCAUCCAGCAGCGAGCCAUUCUCCCUUGUAUCAAGGGUUAUGACGUGAUUGCCCAAGCCCAGUCUGGAACUGGGAAGACGGCCACUUUUGCCAUUUCCAUCUUGCAGCAGAUUGAGCUGGACCUGAAGGCCACCCAGGCCCUGGUCCUGGCCCCCACAAGAGAGCUGGCUCAGCAGAUCCAGAAGGUGGUGAUGGCCCUGGGAGACUACAUGGGGGCUUCCUGCCAUGCCUGUAUAGGUGGGACAAACGUCCGCGCGGAAGUUCAGAAGCUGCAGAUGGAAGCCCCCCACAUCAUCGUUGGGACUCCUGGAAGGGUUUUUGACAUGCUGAACAGGAGAUAUCUGUCACCCAAGUUCAUCAAGAUGUUUGUGCUGGAUGAGGCAGACGAGAUGUUGAGUCGGGGCUUCAAGGAUCAGAUCUAUGACAUAUUCCAGAAGCUGAGUGGGAACACGCAGGUGGUGCUGCUGUCUGCCACCAUGCCCAUGGAUGUCCUGGAAGUGACCAAGAAGUUCAUGAGGGACCCGAUCAGAAUCCUGGUGAAGAAGGAAGAGCUGACCUUGGAGGGAAUCAGGCAGUUCUACAUCAACGUGGAGAGGGAGGAGUGGAAGCUGGACACAUUGUGUGACCUGUACGAGACCCUCACCAUCACUCAAGCAGUCAUCUUCAUCAACACCCGGAGGAAGGUGGACUGGCUCACAGAGAAGAUGCAUGCCCGGGACUUCACUGUUUCCGCCAUGCAUGGCGACAUGGACCAAAAGGAGAGAGAUGUGAUCAUGCGGGAGUUCCGCUCUGGCUCCAGCCGUGUCUUGAUCACCACAGACCUGCUGGCUCGUGGGAUUGACGUGCAGCAGGUAUCCCUGGUUAUCAACUACGACCUGCCCACCAACCGGGAGAACUACAUCCACAGGAUUGGCCGAGGAGGCCGUUUUGGCAGGAAAGGCGUGGCCAUCAACAUGGUGACGGAAGAAGACAAGCGCACCCUUCGUGACAUUGAGACGUUCUACAACACCUCCAUCGAGGAGAUGCCCCUGAAUGUGGCUGACCUCAUCUGAGCUGCCUCUGGGGGGGGCCGCUGUGCCCACCCACCCCCCACUGGGCACAGAAUUCCCCCUUUUCUAUUUUUGAGUUUUCUUGCCUUUUGAAUAAAUGUCACUUUUUUGGAGGCAAAAUGAAACCUUUUUAGUGUUUUUCCUGGCGCUUUUUCUGUCUUUCUCUGCCCUUCUCCCUCGUGACUUCAUCUUGUACUUCAGUUGUCCCACCACCCCCUAAGUCGGGUGCCCUC